AGACAUAACUGAAUUCGAGCUCGAGCUCAAAAUCGAGCCGACUCGCAACCUCCGCUCAUCUGCCACUUCUAAACAAAAUAGUGGCAAAUAGAAUAACAUUUAAAAAAUUAUAUAAUUAUACAAGAAUCCCAAUUCCCAUUGACAGAGGAAGAUGUCGCAGAGGGCUGCUUUCUGUGGAAUAGCUCUCAUUCGCAGAGGAAUUGCGCCUCAAUUUUCUGGUAAUUUUGUGUUGCCCAACAAUGAUCCAUUGUUCUCUUCUACUUUUCAUACUUCUUCCCAUAAACACGGCCCAUUUUCAUCCAAACCCAGAAUAGAUUUCAGUUCUAUAAAUGAUGUAGAUAAUGCUGUUUGCUUGUUUCGUGAUAUGGUGAGAUUGCGGCCGCAGCCUUUUGUUUUUCAAUUCAACAAGCUGCUAACUGUUGUUGUCAAGAUGAAACACUAUUCUGUUGCCCUUUCUCUGUUCGACGAAAUGCGUCAAUUGGGUGCCCCUGUAAAUGAGAUCACAAUGAGUAUUGCAAUCAAUUGCUAUUGCCUUCUGAAUCGAGUGGAUUUUGGGUUUGCUAUCUUGGGUACCUUCUUCAAGCGCGGUUCGGAACCAGAUGUAACCACUUUCGGCACUCUUAUAAAAGGGCUCUUUCUGGUUGGUGAGAUUGCUGAGGCAGAAAAAUUGUUUAAAAAGUUGUUGUCUGAAAAACUGUGUGAACCUAAUGAAGUUAUGUUCCUUACUGUGCUAAAUGGUCUCUCCAAAGCUGGACACAUCCUCGCUGCCCGUGAUUUACUUGGGCAUUUUGAAAACCUGAGCUGCAAACCCAAUGUUUAUGCCUACAGUGCAGUGAUUGAUGGUCUGUGCAAGCAUAACAUGGCUGAUGAUGCUCUCCAUCUCUUAUCCAGAAUGAUCGAGAAGGGUAUUUCACCUAACAUUGUUACGUAUAACUCAACGAUUCAGGGGUUAUGCAAUGUUGGUAGAUGGAAAGAUGUUAAAGACCUGCUAAAUAAGAUGCUGGAUAACAAGAUUUCUCCUGAUGUGCGGACUUGUAAUAUAUUGGUGGAUGCAUUUUGCAAGGAAGGAAUGGUGGAAGAGGCUGAGAAUGUUUUGGGAAUUAUGAUGCAAAGAAAGGUUUGUCCUAAUAUUGUCACAUACAAUGCGCUGAUUGAUGGAUAUUGCUUGCGGGGCCAAAUGGGUAAAGCAAAAAGAGUACUGGAUUCCAUAGCGGACAGGGGACUUACACCUAGCAUCAUCAGUUAUAAUAGUUUGAUCAAUGGAUAUUGCAAGCGGGGAAUGGUAGAUGAAGCUUGGCAUCUCUUUCUGGAUUGUUCUUGUAAAGGAUUACAGCACAAUACAAUUACCUACAGCACCAUGAUACACGGAUUAUUUUGUAAGGGUAGAUUUGCUGAUGGCUGGAAGCUUUUCAACGAUAUGGAAGCUCGGUGUAUAAUUCCUGAUUUACAGACUUAUACUAUCUUGUUGGAUGGCUUGUGCAAAACUCAGCAGAUUGCUCAAGCAUUUUCAUUUCUAUGCAUGAUGGAAGACACAGGUGUUAAUCCUAGUGUAAUUGCAUAUACUAUCGUCAUUGAUGGAUUAUGCAAAGGUGGAAAACUUGAGAUCGCCAGAGAUCUUUUUAAUCAACUUCCUUCCAAAGGUUUGCAACCCAACACCCACAUAUAUAACAUCAUUAUUGGUUCACUUUGUCGAGAAGGACUUAUCGAGGAUGUAAAAGUGCUGCUUACUGAAAUGGAGAAAAGUGGUUGUGCACCUGAUAGUGUGACAUACAGAGUCAUGAUUCAGGGUUUUCUGAAGAGAAAUGAACUUUACAAUGCAAUGCCCCUCAUGGAGGAAAUGUACAAAAGGGGGUUCUUAGUCGAUGCAUCUACUGCAUACAUGUUACUUGAUCAGCUGCAACUAAAAGGUAAAGACGAUGUUCUGCUGGAACUUAUUAAGAAAGUUGUUCCAAAAAAUGAUGAUCUAUUUGGCUUCUAGAUAUAGCUUGAACAGAGCAUGAG